GAGCUGAGGAAAUCACUGCUGCAUUAUUAACGGUUCUCCUGACGUGAGCAGCAGCAAACAGCAAAUAACAGUCACACGAUGGCGUUGAUGAUUCUGCCGGUGGUGGGCUCUGUCUCUGUGUCCGAGAGCCUGGUGGCCAUGGUGACGAUGUGCGUGGUGUACCUGGCGUUCCGGCUCCUGCGCUCUGGCAUCCCGGAGGGGCUGCGGCGGCUGCCGGGGCCGAAGCCGCUGCCCAUCAUUGGGAACGUGCUGGAGGUGGGCGCCAACCCACACCUGAGCCUGACCGCCAUGAGCGAGCGCUACGGCCCGGUGUUCCAGAUCCAGAUCGGCAUGCGGCCGGUGGUGGUGCUGAGCGGCAGUGAGACAGUGCGCCAGGCGCUCAUCAAGCAGGGCGAGGAGUUCGCCGGGCGGCCGGACCUCUACAGCUUCCGCUACAUCAACGACGGCAAGAGCCUGGCCUUCAGCACCGACCAGGCCGGCGUGUGGCGCGCCCGCCGCAAGCUGGCCAUGAAUGCCCUGCGCUCCUUCGCCACGCUCGAGGGCAGCAGCUCCGAGUACUCCUGCAUGCUGGAGGAGCACAUCAGCAAGGAGGGCGAGUACCUCAUCAAGCAGCUCGGCACGGUCAUGGAGGCCAGCGGCAGCUUCGACCCCUUCCGCCACAUCGUGGUGUCGGUGGCCAACGUCAUCUGCGGCAUGUGCUUCGGCCGGCGCUACAGCCACGACGACCAGGAGCUGCUGAGCCUGGUGACCAUGAGCAACGAGUUCGGGCAGGUGGUGGGCAGCGGCAACCCCGCGGACUUCAUCCCUUUCCUGCGCUUCCUACCCAGCCGCACCAUGAAGACCUUCAUGGACCUCAACGCUCGCUUCAACAUGUUUGUGCAAAGGAUUGUCAAAGAGCACUACAAGUCUUAUGACAAGAACAACAUCCGCGACAUCACAGAUUCCCUCAUUGAUCACUGUGAGGACAGAAAACUGGAUGAGAACUCCAAUGUCCAGGUGUCCGAUGAGAAGAUUGUUGGAAUUGUGAAUGACCUCUUUGGAGCUGGAUUUGAUACAAUCAGCACUGCUUUGUCAUGGGCUGUCGUGUACUUGGUUGCCUACCCUGAAAUCCAGGAGAAACUCUACCAAGAACUGAAGGACAAAGUGGGAAUGGAGCGUACCCCCCGCCUCUCUGACAAGUCCAGCCUCCCGUUCCUGGAGGCUUUCAUCCUGGAGAUCUUCCGCCACUCUUCCUUCCUGCCUUUCACGAUCCCUCACUGCACCACUAAAGACACAUCACUCAAUGGAUUCUUCAUCCCCAAGGACACCUGUGUCUUCAUCAACCAGUGGCAGGUCAACCAUGACUCAGCGCUGUGGAAGGAGCCGUCCUCCUUCACCCCCGAGCGCUUCCUGACCGCUGACGGCACGGCCGUCAACAAGGCGGACGCGGAGAAGGUGAUGGUGUUCGGCGUGGGGAAGCGGCGCUGCAUCGGCGAGGCCAUCGGCCGCUCCGAGGUCUUCCUCUUCCUGGCCAUCCUGCUCCAGAGGCUGCGCUUCCACGAGCUGCCGGGCCACCCGCUGGACAUGACGCCUGAAUACGGGCUCACCAUGAAGCACAAGCGGUGCCAGCUGCGUGCCAGCCUGCGGGUGCGGGACCAGGACUGAGACGCCCCCCUCUCCCGCUUAGCACUUGCGCGUUGGGUCUGACACAUGAGUUGGGCUGAAGUAUGUGUGGAUAUGAGCACAGUCCAGAUUAACAGUGUAACGAGGUACACUCACAUCUGUUGUUGAGAGUCCAGCACCUAG